AUGGAAUUGCCAUUCGAUGCUACAAAAUCACCGAUCUACGAAUUGGUUAAUGUCGUUCAGUUUCUUCAAGAAUUUAUGGCUGCUUCGAUGUCAAGUAUGCUCAGUGCAAUUCUUGUUACAUUGAUAUUGCACGUUGAUGGUCAAGUGGAAAUAAUAUGUCGUCAAUUAUCGAAUAUAUCAUCGACAAUACGAAAUGGCGAAUCUUGUAAUAAAAUAUUAAAAUUAUCGAUUUACAAACAUCAAAGGAUCAUAGCAUUUACGGAUAAUAUUGAAAAUAUAUUUACGUAUAUUGCACUGAUUCAAUUCUUAUCAAAUACACUUGUUAUAUGUUCCCUUGGAUUUUUGAUUGUUACGUCUUUGGAUUCUCAAAAGAAAGCUGUAAUUUUAGCUAAAACAGUUCCUUAUUACGUUCUAGCAAAUCUUGAAGCAUUUGCUCUUUGUUACGCUGGUGAAUAUCUCACUUCUAAGAGCGCAGAUAUCGAGAGAGCAGCUUACCAUUUGACUUGGUACGAAUUGAAUCCUAAGGAAAGUCGAUUUUUAUUACUUCUAAUGGUCAGAUCAAGAAAACCAUUUGUCAUCACUGCUGGAAAAUUUAUGAAUUUAUCUUUGGAAGUAUUCGCUAGUAUGUUAAAAGCUUCUGGAUCAUACGUUUCAGUUCUUUAUGCGAUGUAUUAA